CUGUAAGCUGUUCAUGGGCAGAGAAUGUCUCGGGAGCUCAGGCAAGAAAGGAAGAAAGAGAUGGAGCCAUCGCUAGGAAGGGUUUGCAGAUGGCUUGCUUAAUAUUUGUUACAAUGCUAUCGAUCGUCAUGUUGAGAGUGGAAGAGGAGAAAAGGUUGCAAUCAUCUAUGAUAGUCCUGUUACAAAUUCAAAAUCAAGUAUUACCUAUAAAAGUGUUCUUGACCAGGUCUCCAAGUUGGCUGGCGUUUUGGUGAAGCUUGGUGUGAGGAAGGGUGACACUGUCGUGAUCUAUAUGCCUAUGAUUCCACAGGCCAUGUAUGCCAUGCUAGCCUGUGCGAGGAUAGGAGCCAUCCACAGUCUCAUCUUUGGGGGAUUUGCCUCCAAGGAAUUGAGCACCCGCAUCGAUCAUGCCAAGCCCAAAGUUGUUAUGACAGCAUCUUUUGGCAUUGAGCCCGGAAGAAGAGUAGACUAUAUCCCACUUCUAGAAGGAGCACUGAAUAUGGGAGAACACAAACCUGAAAAAAUUCUUAUUUAUAGUCGACCUAAUAUGGAAGCCGUUCCCCUAGUACCAGGCCGUGACCUUGAUUGGGACGAAGAGAUGGCAAAAGCUCAGUCACAUGACUGCGUUCCUGUUCUCUCUGACCACCCACUGUAUAUCCUUUAUACAUCUGGAACAACUGGAAUGCCUAAGGGUGUUGUUAGACCUACUGGAGGCUAUGCAGUCAUGCUAAAUUGGACGAUGUCUUCUAUUUAUGCACUUAAGCCUGGAGAGGUGUGGUGGGCAGCUUCUGACCUAGGCUGGGUGGUUGGACAUUCUUACAUCUGUUAUGGACCCCUUUUGCAUGGGAACACCACAGUCCUAUAUGAGGGGAAGCCUGUAGGGACGCCGGAUGCUGGAGCGUAUUUCCGUGUGCUGGCGGAGCACGGCGUGUCUGCUUUGUUCACAGCUCCCACUGCCAUCAGAGCCAUCCGCCAACAGGACCCUGAAGCUGCCUUGGGGAAGCAGUACACUUUGACGAGAUUCAAAACCUUAUUUCUGGCUGGGGAACGCUGUGAUGUUGAAACACUGGAAUGGUCUAAAAAGGUCUUCAAAGUACCUGUCCUGGAUCACUGGUGGCAAACAGAAACUGGAUCUGCAAUAACGGCAUCGUGCAUCGGUUUGGGGAAUACUAAAACCCCUCCCCCAGGACAGGCUGGGAAACCUGUCCCCGGAUACAACGUUAUGAUUUUGGAUGAUAACAUGCAAAGAGUGAAGGCUGACACUUUAGGAAAUAUUGUGGUAAAGUUGCCUCUUCCCCCGGGUGCCUUUUCAGGACUCUGGAAGAAUCAGGAAGCUUUCAAGAAUUUGUAUUUUCAAAAAUAUCCAGGAUACUAUGAUACCAUGGAUGCUGGUUACAUGGAUAAAGAUGGCUAUCUGUAUGUUAUGUCUCGUGUUGAUGAUGUGAUCAACGUUGCAGGUCACAGGAUUUCAGCUGGUGCCAUCGAGGAGUCCAUUCUUUCCCAUGGAACUGUGGCAGACUGUGCUGUUGUUGGCAGAGAAGAUCCUUUGAAAGGUCAUGUUCCACUAGCGCUUUGUGUUUUGAGGAAAGGCAUAAGUACUAAAGAGAAAGAAGUUCAGGAACAAAUCGUAAAGCACGUGAGACAUACUAUUGGCCCCGUGGCAGCUUUUCGAAGUGUAGUUUUUGUCAAGCAGUUACCAAAGACCCGUUCAGGCAAGAUACCCCGUGCAACCCUUUCUGCCCUUGUAAAUGGCAAGCCGUACAAGAUAUCUCCCACCAUUGAGGAUCCUGAUGUGUUUAAACAUAUAGAAGAGGUGCUGAAGCAGAAGUUAUGACAGCUUCACUGUGUGAGGACAUUUUUCUGUAACAUUAUUCCUGAAGCUGAAGGUGGUCCUUUUGUUGUUGUUUUUUUAAAAAAAUUAUUCUCAAAUUACUUACAGGGAGAGAUUAGUUCUAUUUGAACAAAGCUACUGCAACAUUCUGUUUUAUAUUCGUAGACCCAAAUGUUUUAGAUAUUAAGUAGUCUUUUUUGCAAUGAAUAUUGUGAUCAAGUGUGAUCCAUAAAUGGGAAAGUGUUGUGUGGUUGCUUGAAAAAGAUCAAAUCGUUUUACCUGUGGUUGCAGUUUAAAGUGCUUUGGCCAUUGGGAAGGAUUGAAAGCUUUCCUUCUGAAAACUGUGAUGAUGAUAAUAAUCAUUAAAAUCCUUUAUUGUGCUUGCCUA